CAGGGCGCACGCGCAGGGCUCGAGCCGGCGCGGGCUGGCGGGCGCGCGGCCGCCGCCGUCCCCUCCCCUGUCCUCCCCCCCCCCUGCGCGCUCGCGGGGAACCCGUCGCUGCGGCCGCUUCGGCCGCCGUGGUCAGUCGUCGUUAUGGACUGCCCGUGGGAUGGGCUGGCUCUGGCUUUCUCCUACACGUCCAUGUUCCCCUUUUUUGACAUCGCCCACUACCUAGUGUCCGUGAUGGCGCUGAAGGAUCGGCCGGGAGCAGUGGAAGUGGCAUGGAAAAAUCCUAUUUCAAGCUGGUUCACUGCUAUGCUCCACUGCUUUGGUGGAGGAAUUUUAUCCUGUGUACUCCUUGCAGAGCCUCCGUUGAAGUUUCUUGAAAACAGCACAAAUGUAUUACUGGCAUCUUCAAUCUGGUACCUUAUAUUUUUUUGCCCUCAUGACCUAGUUUCCCAGGUCUAUUCAUAUCUACCUAUAAAACUCCUGGCUGCUGGAAUGAAGGAAGUGACCAGAACUUGGAAAAUAGUAGGUGGAGUCACACAUGCUAAUAACUACUACCACAAUGGCUGGAUAAUUAUGAUAGCUAUUGGAUGGGCCCGAGGUGCAGGUGGAACCAUUAUCACAAAUUUUGAGAGGUUUAUAAAAGGAGAAUGGAAACCAGAAGGUGAUAAAUGCCUGAAGCUGUCCUAG